AUGGAAAGAGCGGCUGGCGGAGAGGGUCCAGGCGAGCUCGAAGGAGAAGCGCAAGGCGGCGGAGAGGGUCCGGGAGGAUGCGAGGAGCGGGAGGGGAGCGGCGGCGGCGGAAGGGCGGGGAGACGGGGCGGCAGAGCGGAGGGCGUCGGCGGAGAGAGGAGCCGCGGAGAAGAUCGGCAGGAAGGGCGUGAAACCGGCGGCUCCGUCGGCUCCGUCGGCUCCGUCGGCUCCGUCGGCUCCGUCGGCUCCGUCGGCUCCGUCGGCUCCGUCGGCUCCGUCGGCUCCGCCGGCUCCGUCGGCUCCGUCGGCUCCGCCGCCGCGGCCAUUGAGAAGCAGCAGCGGCGCAGGAAGGAUAAGCAGCAGCAGCAGCUCCAGCAGCAGCAGCAGCUGCAACUGCAGCACCUCCGUCACGCGGUGACGGCGCCGGUGGUGGCGGGCGACCAAUCUGCGGGAGAGGAGGAGGACGAGGAGGCGACGGUCGGCUCUCAGCCGCCCCACUCGCCUCUCCGUCGUCGUCCUCCUGAGGAGGAGGAGGAGGAGGUGGAGAUGGAGGAGGAGGAUCCGCGGCCACAGGCGCCCGGAGCCGAGUUCGGAGCCCCGGAAGCCGAGUUCGGAGCUCCGGGAACGGAGUUCGGAGCUCCGGGAACGGAGUUCGGAGCUCCGGGAACGGAGUUCGGAGCUCCGGGAACGGAGUUCGGAGCUCCGGGAACGGAGUUCGGAGCUCCAGGGGCCGGGAACGCCACUGCGGAAUGCCGGGCCCCGGAGGGCCCGACGGCGGAGGACGGGGGCCCCACCGCGGAGGGUCCCAGGGCGGAGGAGGAGAGCCCCACGGCGGAGGGUCCCCAGGUGGAGGUGGCGGCAGAGAUCCGGACCGAGAUGGGAUUUUGCCGAAUCCGCGCGGGGCCGCCGGCAACGUCGGCGCCCUGCCGAGGCCCUCCCAUCCCCACCGCCGGCGACUACCGCCGCUCCCCGGCGCUGGCCAGGCGGGAGGCCUUCCAGGCGCCGGCCAGCCGUCGGCGGCCAGCCGUCGGCGGCCAGCCGUCGGCGGCCCGCGUGCGGGCGGGCGGCGGCCCCUUCCCUGGCGGCCAGCCCCCGGCGGAGGCCCCGGACCGCCCGGUGAGCGGCGCAGCCCGCCGGGACACGCGGCACGGCGAGCCGCCGUCCUCGUCGGUCGCCGCCGCUGCCGGCGCGGUGAGCCCCGUGCCCUCGGCGCACUCCCACGGUGGCGGCGGCGGCUCCUCGGGGCUGUCGAGCCCCGCGGGCUCGACAGCCCUCGUCGCUCCGCAGCCAAUCGCAGCCCCAGCAGCCCCAGCAGCCCCAGCCCCUCCCGAGGCGAGCCCCGUCGUGUCGGACGCCUCGCAGCCGGUCGGCGACUCGGGCCUCAGCGACCUGGGCAGCAUGGACAGCACCGGCGCCGGAGACUCGUACGAAGGCUCCGGCUCCGGCGGCUCCGGCUCCGGCUCCGGCGGCUCCGGCGGCGGUUCCUACGACGCACAGGGCGGCGGUGGUGGUGGUGGUGGUGGUGGAUACCGGAGAGUGAGCGGCGGCGGCGGCGGUGUUGGCAUCCGCUCCCUCUGCAUGGCCUCAUUCGCUCAGCAGGGGCACAGCGCCGAGCUGCUGGGCCCCAUCCCUCCGUCGCUGGGCUGCUCCACAUCCUCCUCCCAGCAGCUGGUGGCCACCAUGACCCUCUACGAGCGCCUGGGCCAGGCCGACUCCGGCUUCGGGCCCGGCGCUGGCCGCCACGGCCGCCGCCGUACAGGCGGCCGUGGCGGCCAGAACUCGGCCUCCUUCAGCCUCGCCCGCCUGCAGCAGCUCAUCAACGGCCUGGUGGAGCACACCCUGGGCGAGCGCAGCAGCUCAAGGGGCCCGGCGGGGGCGGCGGCGGCGGCGGCGGAGUCUCGGCGGCCGCCGGCGGAGCCGGAGGAGGCGGCGGAGGAGCCGCAGUACCAGGUGGGGCCCCUGGGGAUGAUGGCGCUCUCGCACCAGGAGCAGCACCCGGCGCCGUCGGCGGUGCCGCCCGGCGUGAAUGACGACAUUGAUGACGACAUUGAUGACGACAUUGAUGACGGCAUCCAUGUCCAUGGUGACAUUUAUGACGAUGACGUCGAUGACGAUGAUGAUGAAGACAUCGAUGACGACGUCGAUGACGUCAUCGAUGGCGAUGACGUUGGCGAUGACGUCAUCGAUGACGUCAUCGAUGACGAUGGCUAUGGAUAUUUACAGUGGGUUAGGGGUUAG